CAUCUAUCAUCAUCUAUAUUAAUCUUUAAUUAUUAGUCAGCAAAAUCUUUGGAUUGCGCGACUUUCUUCCCAUCUUAACAUUUUCACACCUUUCUUUUCUCUGAUCUAAUCCUUUUUCACAAUCAAUCAAAAUAUCUCAAAAAAAAAAAAAAACAAUUUCAGCAAAAAAAAAAACCCAAUUUCAUGAACAAAUUUCCGGAAGAACUUCAAAGAGUAUCAAUGGAGUCUUCAGCUCAACGCAGGUGGAAAGCAAUUCAAUCGCACCUUUUCUCUGUACCCAACAAUGAAGAAGAUCCUUUCUCCAGUAUUCUCCAUAAUCAAACAGCUGGAGAAUUCUACCAAGGUGAAAGGUAUAGUGUAAUUCUUCCUGAGAAGUUACAGACAGGAAAAUGGAAUGUUUACAGGUCUGCUCGUUCCCCUUUGCAGCUAGUCAGUAGAUUUCCAAAUCAUCCAGAGAUUGGCACAUUGCAUGACAACUUUGUACAUGCAGUUGACAGUUUCCCAGACUAUAUGUACUUGGGUACAAGAGUGCGAGUGGAUGGAACAGUUGGAGAGUAUAAAUGGAUGACUUAUGGAGAAGUGAGUAAUGCUCGUUCAGCUGUAGGAUCAGCUCUUCAGAAUUAUGGCCUAUCAAAAGGAAUGAGUGUUGGACUUUAUAUGAUCAAUAGACCAGAAUGGGUAGUUGUGGAUCAUGCGUGCUCAUCGUAUUCAUUUGUUUCAGUUCCCUUGUAUGACACACUAGGUCCAGAUGCUGUUAAAUUUAUUGUAAAUCAUGCUGAUGUGCAGGCCAUCUUUUGUGUUCCAGAAACAUUAAAAGCUUUACUAAGCUUUUUAUCAGAGAUCCCAACUGUGCGUGUUAUAGUGGUCGUGGGAGGGGUAGAUGAGCAUUUACCCUCACUUCCUCAGGUUGUUGGGAUUAAGCUAAUAUCCUAUUCAAAGUUAUUAAGUCAGGGUCGUGCUAGACUUCAACCAUUUUGCCCUCCCACCCCUGAUGAUAUUGCCACAAUAUGUUAUACUAGUGGAACGACUGGGACGCCGAAGGGAGCUGUAUUAACUCAUGGAAAUCUAAUUGCAAAUGUUGCUGGUACGAGCAUCCCUGUCAAGUUUUAUCCCACUGAUGUUUAUAUAUCAUAUCUUCCAUUGGCGCACAUUUAUGAACGAGCUAACCAGAUCUUAGUAGUCUACUCUGGUGCUGCUAUCGGCUUUUACCAAGGGGAUAACUUGAAGCUGAUGGAUGAUAUGCUGGCCUUGCGACCAACCAUUUUUGCUAGUGUUCCUCGGCUCUACAAUAGGAUAUAUGCUGGGAUUAUCAAUGCUGUAAAGACUUCUGGGGUUCUUAAAGAAAGGCUUUUCAAUGCCGCCUAUAACUCGAAGAAGCAAGCCAUAAUGAAUGGGAGAAACCCAUCACCUAUCUGGGAUAAACUAGUAUUCAAUAAGAUUAAGGCCAAACUAGGUGGCAGAGUUCGCUUCAUGAGUUCUGGUGCUUCUCCACUGUCGCCUGAUGUUCUGGACUUCAUGAAAGUGUGCCUUGGCUGCCCACUAGUUGAAGGAUAUGGUAUGACUGAGACUUCCUGUGUUAUAAGUUCUAUGGAAGAGUCGGACAACAUGUCAGGCCAUGUUGGUUCCCCUAAUGCUGCUUGUGAGGUAAAGCUGGUCGAUGUUCCCGAAAUGAAUUAUACAUCUGAUGAUCAGCCAUACCCUCGUGGUGAAAUAUGUGUUCGAGGGCCCAUUAUUUUCAAAGGCUACUAUAAAGAUGAAGUCCAGACGAGAGAAGUCAUUGAUGAUGAGGGUUGGCUUCACACUGGAGAUAUUGGGUUGUGGUUACCUGGAGGACGCCUUAAGAUAGUAGACAGGAAAAAGAACAUCUUCAAAUUGGCUCAAGGAGAGUAUAUAGCACCAGAGAAAAUUGAGAAUGUAUACUCCAAGUGCAAAUUCGUCGCUCAAUGUUUUGUAUAUGGUGAUAGCUUAAAUUCCAGUUUGGUAGCAAUUAUCUCGGUUGAUCCAGAUACACUGAAGAAUUGGGCUUCAGGAGAGGGAAUCAAGUAUGAAGAUAUAGGGCAACUCUGUAGGCAUCCAAGAGCAAAAGCUGCAGUUCUUGCUGAGAUGGAUGCUUUGGGAAGGGAGGCUGGGUUGAGAGGAUUUGAAUUUGUGAAAGCUGUUACGUUGGUACCUGAACCAUUUACUUUGGAAAAUGGUCUUCUUACUCCAACAUUUAAGAUAAAGAGGCCUCAAGCAAAGAUUUACUUCGAAAAGGAAAUAGGAGAAAUGUAUGCACUACUUUCCAAAGUAGACCCGGUGCAGGCGAAGUUGUGAUCCGAAUCGAAGGUUAUGAAAGACGUGCAAGGAACAAUGGAGGGCCAUAAAGUAUUCGGAGCAACUCGAUGAAUGUCGUCUCAGGGAUAAAUGGGAAAUACUUGGCCUGUAUCACCCUAAUUCCUUAAGUAUCAUUUUCACUCGAGAUAAGUUUGUAUUUUAUUAAUUUGUUGGGUACACUCUAACUUCCUGAAACAAAUAAAAACGCUCGAAUCAGCGGAUUUUUGGAAGGCUUGCUUAAUUGUUGCAUGCCUGUUGUAAUACUAAUAUAUUAUGCAUGCUCAAAUAAAAUGGUACAUAAAUUUAUAUA